CCCCAUCAAGGGCUGACAAGUUCAGUCUGUCUCGUUUAGAGCAAAAACACGGGUGGCCUGGAUGUAAUAGGAACUCAAAUGACACUGAACUGGAGCGUUUCUCCAGCAACGAACAUUCUCUCCCCCCCCCCCCACCCCCGCCUUGUCUCUGAGAACCAGGCCAGAGGGCCAAAGCCCUGCCCGCCGGGGGAACCGGGUGCCAGGAGAAGCGACCCGAUAGUGCGGAGUAGCGACCCAAGAGCCGGGAGCACAGCCCGCGCCCGCUCCUCAAACUCCGCCCUUGGGAGCCGCCUUUAUGUCUUCACUGUUCUCGGUUCCUUCUUUCUCCCUCGGCAGGAAAUGGCUCCCAUUUUCUCCUCUCACGGUGGUCUUCGACCCAGGCGUCUUUGGGGCUCAUUGAUUGGGGUGCUUUUCAGUCUGUACUUUCCGGGGCUCAGGAUUGCUCUGCCGGCCGCUGCCCUCCCGCCCCCCUCCGCGGGUCCCGGCUCCCGCACAUCCUGGGCGCGCUCAUCUCCGCUCCCGGCCAGGCGUGUCACAAUGGCGCCUUCGCGGCCUCGCCCGCACCCAGCCGCGCUCCACUUCCAGUCCCAUCUUCCCGGAGAGGUGGGGUUCUGCGGGGAAACAGGCCGGCGGGUGCGCGGGCUCCCGGGCUGUGGCUCCUGGGUGCUGGGUACAGGGCCGAGAGGGGACCGAGCGGGGACCGAGCAGGGACAGAGCAAGCCCAACAUGGCGUGCGCCCGCCGGGCGGGAGUUGUGCACUCGGGCCUGCGGUGCGCCGACCCCGCCCGGCGGAGGCCCCGCCCAGGGCGCGCUGCCAGGGGUUUCCAUGGUGAUGGCAAACUAGCCUCAACUGCCUCAGCUACAACUGCCAAAUUCCCCGCGUUCCACCCUCCUCUAGGUGCUCAGAGGGACGAUCGAGGUGCGGGAUGUGAAGAGCGGGAGCGUGGAGACUCGGAUCCCGAGCUCCACCUUUGUAGUUCCCUGCAUGUAUCCUAGUUCCAUAGAAAAUGAAUAGAUCUCAGGCUAGCAUCGUCAGAAGAAUGAUGAUGAAACAUCCUCACUAUUGUCCUACCCUGGGAGAAGCCCUGCUGUUCGGAUGCAGGUCCCUCUUCGGCUGGCGGGUCUCAGGUCUCCGCUUCCCGUGUUGUUGGGGCCCCGCGUCUCCCAGAGCCUCCGCGGUACACGCUCUCCGCCGGGGCUGCUGGGAAGUUGCCCGCGCGGCCCCGCUAGGCACGUACGCUCGGCGGCGGGGCCUAUAGCUCUGCUGCGUUGGGUGGAUGGCCGGUGUCCGUAUGCGUAACGCGGUUGUGAGGACCCCGUAGUGGGUGCCUCCCGACCUUGGGGUGGGAAAGGCGGUCCUCCCACAGGAAAAGCGGGUCUUGGCUCCGGAGGCCUGGGAGGGUUGCAGCCCUGGGCGGGUGCGCCCGGCCUGCGAAGGCGGUUCUGGUCCGCUCCCAGCAGCGCCCCCUGGAGGAGGCCCGGCUGUUCAGCUCGCUUCUCUGCGCUGAGAACCAAGGCCUGUUUGAGCCCAGUAGUGCGGGGUGGUUAAUGAUAAAGCCGUUGGCAUUUCGUUGAAUUUUCACAACCAUUUGUUGUAGCAGAUAAGAACUAGUUUUGGAGAGAUGAUGAUUCACCCGAGUUCACAUAGCCCACAGAUGAGGGGGUUGGGUUAAAGGCCAGAUCUGUUUUCCAAAUCUCUUGCUGCUGCUAAAAGGCCACUCUAUCUGGAAAGUACCUUGGGUUACUUCACAGCGGCCAAGUGGCAAGAUGCCUGGGGUCAGAGUCCAUAAUCGAGACUGUGGGCCCCUCCCAGUUCUCCCAGCUUGUGUGUCCAGCAGUUCUGAUUUGAGCCUAUAGAAGGUCUAAUCCUGGGAGCAACCUUCGGGAGAGUCAGACUGGGGGUCUUGUGUGAAGAUUCCAGUUAAAUGAUUUUGUUCCGUAGGCCCCAGUUCCAUUUCUUUAGGAACAAAGCAAUUCUAGAAAGAUAAAAGGGAAGGAACGGCACAAAUCAGAAACCCACCUGAAAGAAAACACCCCUGUGACCUUCCUCAGACCUUUCACCAGAGUUUUGAACAUAAGUGGAAGUAACCCCCCAAAGAAAUAGACUCCAGAUUUCCAAGGCCAGAAGCAAUUUUUUAUCUCCCCGCUCUAAAUGAGCAUGCUUUCAGAUGUCACAUCUGAAACUUCGACAUCUCUGUGACAGUGGAAGAUCAAGACCAGGUUUCAGCAAGACAGGUGUGCUGCCGUAAGUGGUGAGUGGGGCAAGAUGCGCAGAAAUGUCAGGCUCUGUGGGUGGUUGGCUUGAGGAAAGGAUCACCAAGAAGGAAGUUUAAUUCAACUCUCUACACAGCCUGUGUUUCUUUUGUUCUCUUCUUUCCAAAUCCUGAACUUGUACAUGGUGUAUAUCCAUGUAUUUAGUAUCUAGAUUUUUAUUCUUUAUUUUGAACUUAGAAUCAGAUCGUAGUAGCACAGGGUUUUCAAGAGUAUCUAUUUCUGCCUCAUUUGAAAGAAAAUGUGGAGUCUCAGAAGAUAAAUGAAUGUUACAGAUCACUCCUUUCUUACUGAUUAAGACAGAAGAGUUUCUUGGCUUCUUGAUUCCCAAGCUGUCUCCUUUGCAUGGCAAAAACAAGUUUCUUAUCAAAAAGUUUAUGAAAUUGCAACUAAUUUGGACAGAUUAAAAAAAUACUAAAGCGCUGGUUC